CGCAUGUUCACGCAUGUUGUGUCGUUUGUAAGUUUUUUCCCAUACUUAGUUACUAUUAUUAUUUUCUUAUAAAAUUAAAAUUGUUUCAAAUAACUUUUAAAAUCUUGAUAUUUUCCUUAGUUAUUAUACACGUUUAAUCAAAAUAAUUCCCAAUAAAUUUUAGAUCUAUUGAAAAAUGCGUCAGUAUUUGUUAUUCUUUCUCUUUAUUAGUCUUGUAAAUACUAGUAUUGCAUGGCGGAGUUUUUUAAGAGGACGAAGUGCAGAUGGCAAUUUAGGUGCUCCAGUUUUGUCUAAAAGUCAUGAACUUCCAAAAGAACAAUGGUUUACACAAUUUCUAGAUCAUUUUAAUCCAACCGAUGCACGUGUUUGGCAACAGAGAUAUUUUAUGAAUGGAGAUUACUAUAAAAAAGGAGGUCCUGUUUUUUUAAUGAUAGGAGGUGAGGGUAGUGCAACUGCCAAAUGGAUGGUAGAAGGUCAAUGGAUUGAAUAUGCUAAACAAUUUGGGGCACUUUGUUUUCAAUUGGAACAUCGCUUUUAUGGGAAAAGUCACCCUGUUCCAGAUUUAAGCGUGAAAAAUUUAGUGUAUCUCACAUCUGAGCAGGCACUUGCUGACUUGGCCUAUUUUAUAAAAUCGAUGAAUGAUAAUUAUAAAUUUCAAAAUGAUACUAAAUGGAUUACAUUUGGAGGAUCAUAUGCUGGAUCAUUGGCCGCAUGGUCACGUGCUAAAUAUCCCCACUUAGUACAUGGAGCUGUUUCUGCAAGCGGUCCUUUAUUAGCUCAAAUUGAUUUUCAGGAAUAUUAUGUUGUUGUUGAAAAUGCUCUGAAGGAAUAUUCUCAGGAAUGUGUGAACGUAAUAGCGGAAGCAAAUAAACAGUUCCACAUAAUGUUACGUCAUCCGCUUGGGCAACGUGGAAUUGUUCAAAAAUUCGCCUUAUGCGAUCCUAUCGAUUCUGGACACACCAAACGUAAUGAUAUCUCGAAUUUAUAUGAAACAUUAGCAAGUAAUUUUGCUGGUAUUGUACAAUACAGUAAGGAUAAUCGUAACAAUUCUGCAAUGGCUAACUUGACUAUUGAAAGUGCAUGUGAUAUUUUAACGAAUGAAAAGUUAGGUAUUCCUCUUGAUAGACUUGCAAUCAUAAGUAAUAAAAUGCUGAAUGCAACGAAAAAGAAAUGUUUGGACUAUGUGUACAGUAAAAUGAUUCAUGAACUUCGAUCCGUUACAUGGACCAGUGAAGAGGCAGAAGGGGGACGUCAAUGGAUGUAUCAGACGUGCACAGAAUUUGGAUUCUUCCAAACUUCCACCGCACGACCGAAUUUAUUCAGUGAAACUUUUCCAGUGGAUUUCUUUGUGGAACAAUGUAUCGAUGUGUUUGGACCCAGGUAUAAUAUGCAUUUGUUAAAUUCAGCUGUCAAUCGUACGAAUAUUUUAUACGGCGCAUUAAAUUUGGAAGUUACAAAUGUAGUAUUUGUACAUGGAUCAGUUGAUCCUUGGCAUGUUCUGGGAAUUACAAAAUCAUUGAAUCCUCAAGCACCUGCCAUUUAUAUUAAUGGUACUGCUCAUUGCGCAAACAUGUAUCCUCCAUCUAAAAACGAUUCAACUGAAUUGAAGAAUGCCAGAAUUCAAGUUGGACGAUUAAUCGAUCAGUGGUUGCAAAACUAACUGUGAUAUUUUUCAUUUUUCAUGUGAUAUAUGAGACUGCUUAAUGAUAAAUGAACUUUGCUUUAGUUUGUAAUGAAACAACAUUUAAAUUUUGUUCAUGAGUUUUUGUAAUGAUUAAGCUAAUGAACAAUUAAGCUAUGUAAAUACUUUUAGUCCAAGUAUUUUGU